ACAGCAUUCCUUGUUAGGAUUAUAAAGGGAACAAUUUUAAAGAAACUUUUUCUUUUAGAUUUUGAGCCAUUUUUAUUUUUAAAUUACGUUUUACAAAGGACAUAUUGUAUUCCAGGUGGUUUAAAAUAAAUGUAUAUGUGCUUUUAAUUUUUAAAUCCUUGCAGUAAUACUGAUGGAUAAUUCUUUUCUUUUAUAUAAAAAAACUUAUUGUUUACGUUAUUAAGCAUGUGCAAUUAAUGCACAAAAUAUUUUUAUCAACUCUCUACUUUGUGCUAGGUUGAGAGUUUAAAAAUAUGCUUCUGUGGCGUCAAUUAAACUUGUGUGUUAGUGUUAAAAAAUCAUUAACAGCGAUCCUUUCAGUUUAACUCGAGAGCAAGAACAAAUAUAUUUAUACAUGUAUAUCAUUUUUAUAAUUUAUAUCAUGCUAAAAAGGGUACAUUCAUAUGUAAUAAAAUAGUUUAGCUUUACACCGAAAAAAUAUGCACUAAUUCUAUCGCAGAUAAGGAUUGUGCCGUUAAAGUCGCGCAGUGCUUUCGCUGUAGUACUCAUCAAUAAAUUAUAUGAUGACAAGCGAAAGGAAGUAAAUUAAUUUCCUUAAAGUUGGUUAGUCAAAAUGUUUGCCAUAAGUAUAAUUUGUUUGAUAAAAAGACACACACUUUAUUAAGAGACCACGGAAAUGAUAAAAAAACGUUUAGUUUCGCUAAAUGGAAUAACUGUCUGAUAAAAUAUUGCUCAACAGUUUUUAUGGCUUGAAUAAAUCAGAAAGAUAAAAAAAGAAAAUAACUGGAAGCGGCAGAAUCAAAAUGAUGAAAGAAAGAACAUCACUUUUUCUUCUACUUCUAGUGAUGUCUUUAGUCACAGAAAGCACCUCGACAGAGAGAAAGAAUGAAUGCAGAGAACGCAUCAUUCAUAAUCAGAAGGUUCUAAACUGCAGUCAUCGAAACCUGCCAUAUAUUCCAAAGACUGAAAAACACGUUAUGGACUUGAUAUUUAGUUACAAUGAUUUAAGAAACAUCUCAUCUGAAACAUUUGGAAAUAUAAGUGAUCCGGACAGUCUGAUUAGUCUUGAACUUGAUCAUAACAAUAUUCAGAAUGUUUCUCGAAGGGCCCUUAAUAAGUUUCAAAAUCUGAAAUAUUUACAUCUGUCAUACAAUCCAAUAUACUACGGAAAUAUGAAAAAACUGUUAGGUGAUUUGUCUAACUUGAAAUUUCUUUCAAAGCUUGUUAUGGAUGGAAUCAGUACCAUAACAAUUCAAAAAGAUUUGUUUUCCUUGAUGAGAACAAACAACAUAGAAACUGUAGAUGUUGCAUAUUACAACAUGAAAACACUUUCAAUGGACUCCUUCGAGAAUUUUAACAAUUUGAAAGCUUUAUUUUUAAACGACAAUUAUAUUGAAAAUAUAAAACUUUCUCAAAUUAAGCAUUUAAAAAACUUAUACCUUAGGUAUAAUAAGCUUCGGUUAUUCCCAGAUUUUUCAAUCAAUGGAAGUGAAAAAGAUUGCUACUUCCCUAACCUUGAGAUUCUCGCUCUUGUAAGUAAUGAUAUAAAAGAAAUUGCUUCUGACAAUUUUAAAUGCUUAUUGAAAUUGAAAGCACUGUCACUCGAUAAAAACCCCAUAAAAGUAUUACCAAACAACCUCUUGUCGAAAUUACCAAAUCUUGAAAUACUGCAGCUUCGAUUUUUACUCACAGAUAAUCUAACACUAAAGCCAUUGGCUUUCAAAUCAGCAUCACUCAAAAUGUUACAAUUUGAGUUUAAUAGACCUGCAACUGCCCUGUUUGACUCCUUCAAUGACGCGUUUAGAUUUGUGCCUAAUUUGGAAACUUUAAAAUUGGGUUUCAUAAGUAUGCUACUUUUAACUAACCAGCAAUUAUCUGCAUUAUUUUCACCUCUCGCUAACAUCAGUAUGUUUAAGUGUUUUGCAUGUCAGAUUUCACAGGAUCCAAAAGUCAUCUUGAAUAGUAUGAGAAUUGUUAUCGAAGUAGAUCUUCAAUCUAAUCGAAUUACAACGUUAAGUGAUGAAACAUUUAAGAACAACAAGCAUUUGAGGCAUCUCAGUUUAAGGUAUAAUAACAUCGCACAUAUACAAGAGUCGGCCCUACCAGUGUCACUUCUGAAUAAUUUACAUUCACUAGAUUUGAGUCAAAAUCCUUUUGUAUGUGACUGUAACCUUGAAUGGCUAAUCAACUGGAUGAAAACAAAGCAUAGUGAGAAAAAGAGAGUUAUCACAAGAUAUCCACAGGGAUACAUAUGUUCACUUCCAACCGAAAAGUCUAAAUUUCGACUGUCUGAUAUAUCCUUCACGUACAAAGAAUGUCACCCAUGGAGUCCAUGGAUAUGGGUUGCUAUCAUUGCCUCGCCUUGUGUUAUUGUCAUAGGUAUAACCGUACUUAUACUUUAUAGAAACAGAUGGAAUAUCAAACAUUAUAUCUAUUUGUUAAGAAAUAGAAGGAAGUAUCAGCUUAUCAAUGGACAUAACUUUGUGUAUGAUGCUUUUGUUGGAUACGAGGCCGAGGAUUCGGCUUGGGUACGUCGCAGACUGCUACCUGUCCUUGAAGAAGAAGAAGGCUUAAAAUUAUGUAUUCAUGAAAGGGACUUUCAACCGGGUGCUUUUAUAAAUGACAACAUUGUUACCAAUAUAGACAAAAGUGAAAAGAUCAUUCUUGUUCUAACCAAUGGAUUUGCUCGUAGUGAAUGGUGUAUGUUUGAACUGAAAGUUGCACAUUCGAAACUGAUCAAAGAUGAAACAGAACUGGUAAUCAUUCUUUUAGAGAAAAUUGAUGGAAGAAAUAUGAAUCACUCCUUAAAAGUUUUGUUUGAUACGACGACGUAUAUAGAAUGGACAGAGGAUGUUGCUGGUCAGCAACUGUUCUGGGCAAAACUCAAAAACGUUUUGAAAAAGUAAACACAGGCGAACGAUAACUUACCUUAUAUAUAUGCUUUUAGAAAUAUUCAGCUUUAUAGAUUUCCUCGAAAAUAUCAAAUGGUAUUCAGCUUCCUUAACAAAUCACGUAUUUUUGAAAUGUUUUCAUUAGUAGUUAAACGUCUCUUUUUCAGUCGGAAUUUGUCAAAUAUCAUUAAGUGACAGAAAUUGUACUGUCAUUGAUCUUAAGAUGUUUACAGACAUACCGGAAGCUGACUAGUAACUCUUUAAAAAGCACAUAUUUACAAAGCAAACAUGUAAAGUUAUUAAUUUUCUCAUGGCGUGACUCAUAUGUCAUUUCUAUCUAAAUAGCAUGUUUAAAACUGAAUUUCAAGUUAAUAACUAUUUUCAAGUGGCUAUUUAGAGUAGCCAGAGUAGCCAGAACUCUGGUCACUAUGGCUGGCCAGAGUAGCCGAGUAACCAGGAUGUCAAUUGCUCUGGCUACUUUGGCUAGCCAGAACAGCCAGAAUUUCCGAGAUGUCGAUUGGUUCUAGCUACCCUUGAAUAAUCUUUGCUCCAUUUAUAUGAAAUAUUGUUUUGUCAGUAAACUGAUAUCUAUUGCUAGUUCAUGUAUGUCAUAAUAAAGACUUCAGUUA